AUGAGUGCAAUAAGCCUUAGUUCACCAGAGCACGUACCUGACGGUUGCAAGAAGUUUCAUCAAACACCGCCAUUUGAUAAUUUUGAGCGAUCCAAUGUAACCGGUCUGAUCCGCAAAAGGCGUAUUCGUAUUAACGUGAGAGGAUUUCAAUUUGAAACCUUCCAAACAACGCUGGAGCAAUAUCCAGAGACCAUGCUUGGAUGUCCAACAAGACGGGUCGAGUUCUACGAUCCCGUCAGGGACCAAUACUUCUUAGAUCGUGACCCGGAAAUAUUCCACUUUAUAUUGUUUUUCUAUCAAUCGAAUGGAAUCCUUUCACGACCUGAGACUAUAUCAAAAGAUAACUUUGACGAAGAGCUCAAAUUCUAUGGAAUUACAACAGAUCAAGAGGAAGCGGACAAAAGAAGCUCUGGGGCUGUCAAUGAGGCAGUGGCAGCACCCGAAGAACAUCAACGUUUGAAAAUGCAAAUCCAACGCGAUCAAAACUUAAAUUGUAGUCAGCGUGAGAAAAAUAUGCGAACAAGAUGUUGGUUGAUGUUGGAGUAUCCUCGGGUCAGCCUAGCAGGUAUGAUAUGGGGUAGAAUCUCAAUUAGUAUCAUCCUACUGUCAGUUUUUGCCUUUUGUCUGGAGACAGUGCCAGAGCUCAAUUGCCCUGAAGACAAAAUAAGAAACACCCACCGCGAAUGGAAUCAAUCCGCAGGAAAUAAAACACAAACAACAAUUAAUAACGCAAGUCAUCAAUUGCAAAUGACUGCCAUAAAUGAAACGUCCAUGAUUUAUUUACAAGACUGCUCCGCUGCGCGCAUAUGGUUUGUUGUAGAAACUUCUAUUGUUUUAUUUUUUAUGGCGGAAUACACAAUACGAAUCUAUACUGCACCGAGAAGAUGUAAUUUUGUUACUUCGUUGUUCGGGAUUGUGGAUGUGGUGGCGAUCGUUCCGUAUUUCAUUACGUUAGCUGUCUACGGCUGGCGAACGGAGAUGAAUUUGCAAGUCACCUCUUUCAGUGUGCUCCGAAUCAUUCGCCUGUGUCGCGUGCUUCGUGUCUUCAAACUCAGUCGCUAUAGCAACGGCUUACAACUUGUUGGAAAAACGUUCACGGAGACGUGGAGGACGCUAUCGUCUUUAAUGAUGUGCGUGCUGAUGGGCGUGAUUCUAUCCUCAAGCUUUCUAUUUUACUUCGAGGAACAGGAUGCAGUCAGCAGCAUCGUCAAAAAUUUUUAUUGGGCAAUCAUCACCAUGACAACGGUAGGAUACGGCGAUGAAGUCCCCAGGACCCUGCUCGGCAAACUUACUGCGAGUUGUUGUAUGGUUUUCGGGAUUGUCUUGCUGUUGAUUUUACCGUUGCCCGUGUUUGUAACACAUUUCAGCAGUCUCUAUCAAAAAGAGGCGGAGAAGAAGAGACAGAAUAAACGCAAAGGAGCUUAUGCAACUCCCACAUUGAUUGAAAAGCUAAGGACAAAACAAGUCUAA